ACGAAAAUGAAAGUGAUCCUAGUUUUGCUUAGCGGUUUACUAUUGUGCAGUGCCAAAAAUUCGAGUUUGGAGAAAAUCCUAAGAACUGAGAAACUGUUUGAUGAUAUUGAGAUACUGACAGCUGAUCUACUUUAUAAACUGGAUCCAGGUCACUGUUAUGUCAUAAUUACAGAUCCACUUUACAGCGAUUUACUACAAACGAAACUUUUUAGCGAAAUCGGACGCAGUACGUAUUUUGUCAUUCGUGUUCAUUUCAAUGAAGAUCUGAUAACACCAAGGACUGACACAAUGGUAGCUCUGAAAGAAGCAAAUCGAGCCGGAUGUCAAUGUUAUUUGAUUUACUUGGCAAAUGGCAUACAAAUGAAUCGAUUCCUUAAAUUUAUUGAUCGUAAACGAACGAUAAGUCCACGAGUGCGCCUUAUUAUUCUAAACGAUUAUCGGCUCUUUGCACCGCAUAUGCAUUACAUUUGGAAGCGAUUUGUGAAUGUGAUUUUUGUGCGGCAGUACGAGCAAAAUGUUCCUGCCAAUCGAUCGUCGAAUCAUACAGCGUUUGAACUGCUAACCGUACCAUAUCCAUUACCAAUUCGGUCCGUAUUUGUAACAAAGAGCCUAGACUUUUGGCGUAAUGGCCGAUAUCGACACGGCAUUAAAUUGAAUAUUGAUAAAACAAAAGAUUUGGAAGGUCAACGAAUGUUGGUGUGUGUAUUGAAGCACACCCCGGGCGUAUUUUCAAUGUUUUCAAAUGAAAACGAAACCAUUUAUUCUGGCUUAGAAGUUGAGAUAAUCAAUGGCAUUUCACAGGCGCUUAAUUUUACCGUGGAAUUUUACGAAACAGACGAUGCAGAGACCGAACAAUGGGGAAUGAAAUCGGAAAAUGGCAGCUAUACUGGAUUGCUUGGAGAAAUGGUAAAUGGGAUCGCGGACAUUGCGUUAGCCGAUCUACAUUACAUUCCAUAUCAUUUGGAAAUCAUGGAUCUAUCAAUACCGUAUUCUACGCAAUGCUUAACAUUCCUAACGCCCGAAUCAUUGAGUGACAAUUCUUGGCAAACUUUAGUGCUGCCAUUUAGUUCUGAAAUGUGGGCAGGUGUAUUGUUCUUCUUAUUUUGCGUUGGAUUUGUAUUUUAUGUAUUCGAACAUAUUAACAUUUGGAUACAGAAAAAUCAACCAUCUAAAAAACCAUCAAAGUCAGGAAAUGAAAAUCACGAUAAUACCGAUAUUGUUAAUUCGAUCAAAAUUGAAAUGGCGGAAACUCCAUUCGCAAGCUCAAAGUAUAUUUUCAGAAAAAGACGUGUUAAGAAAAGUCGCGACAUAUUUCAUGGAUUUAGUGAUUGUAUACUUCUGACAUACUCGAUGUUGUUAGUGGUGUCAUUGCCCCGAUUACCGCAAAAAUGGGCAGUACGCAUUUUAACCGGAUGGUAUUGGAUCUACUGUAUCUUAAUUGUGGUUGCAUACCGUGCAAGUCUAACUGCAAUUUUAGCAAAUCCAGUUCCACGUGUAACCAUAGAUACAUUACAAGAGCUUGGAAACGGUCCGAUUGGCUGCGGUGUUUGGGGCGAACAGAAUCGGCAAUUCUUUUUAACAACAAGCGAUGAGGUUAGCAAAAAAGUUGGAGAAAAAAUUGAAAUCAUUGGAUCAGCGGAAGAAGCUAUAAAUCGUGUGUCGCAGGGGAAAUUUUCAUACUAUGAAAAUGUGUACUUUUUGAAAGAGAUGAGACAUAAACAUGAUCAAAUUGAGUCAAACAAAUUAAAAUACUUGCAUAUUAUGAAAGAGUGUGCCAUCAAUAUGCCGAUAUCAAUUGGGCUCGAGAAGAAUUCACCAUUAACACCAUCAUUUGACCGUUUGCUUCGUCAAAUAAUGGAAGCUGGUUUGAUUAGUAAAUGGUUGUCGGACAGCAUUCAACGAUUCGAAGCCAGUGUUGAGGAGUCACCACAAGAGGCUUUAAUGGAUUUGAAAAAAUUAUACGGUGUUCUAUUUGCCAUGCUAAUCGGUUAUGGUAUCGCUCUACUGGCGUUGAUCGGUGAAAAUUUGUAUUGGAAAUUUGUCACAAAACGAAAUCCUCUGUAUGAUAAGUAUGAUGCAAUGAAAUUGUACACAAAUUGAAUAAUUAUUAUUGUAUAUUAUCAAUUGAAAUGGUAGAGAGAAAAAAAUAUUAUUUUACUUUAUAAACGCCAAUUUUAGUGUUCAAAUAGC